CAAGAGGCCCCUAGUGACUGUGCCACCCCUUGGAGAGGGACACUGCCGGGUCAGGUGCAGGAACCAGGCUCCGAAGCUCCUCGGGACCCACUGGCAUCAGGCUUCCCGGUGUUCGGGGCACCUGCAGGCCAGUGGGCCAAGCUGGCAGAGAUAGAUCAUCUUGAAGGAGAGCCUCACAGACCAGACACAGGUUGAGAGGAGGGCUUGGGGGUCCACCACCCGACCCAGCCCAGGAGGGCCCCACAGUUGGACCUUGCCACAGCUCUGUGAGUUGGCUGAAGAAAAGAAAGCUGCAGAGAGCCAGAAGAGACCCCUGGAGAGGAGCAAAGACAGGUGGCCGGCCUGGCCCCCACUUCUGUGCGUCUCUAAGGAGAGGCAGCACCAUGCUGGGUCCCCACCUCCCACCUGCCCCCCUGGGACCCAGCGAAGACAGGCCCACUCCCUGCACCUUCCGGAUCCCUGAUGGGAGCUACAGGUGUCUGGCCUUGGAGGCUGAGGAGAGCAGCGGUGAGGAGGGCCUUCAGGGAGAGGCAGGGCUCACGAACUUGGAUGAGGACAGGGUGGCCAGCAGGAAUGGGGACAGCCCUGCCUGCAGGGCCACCCAGGGGGCACCAGAGCUGCCCAAGGCCCUGGGCAUCCAGGCACCCAGACACUCCAGAGAAGCACAAGGGGGGUCCCAGCAUGGUAACAAGGCCGGCCAGGAUGGGAACGCGGUGAAGGCUCAGCUGGUGAUGACAACCAGCCCCGGCCCCAGCCCCAGCGCAGGGCCCAGGGUUGCCCAGAAACCAGCAUUGGCCCACAGCACCAGCCUCACUGAGAAAGAUCUGAAAGAGGCCAAGGCCCGGAGCCAGCAGAUCGCGGCACAGCUGACCACCCCGCCCAGCUCCAACUCCCGAGGCGUCCAGCUCUUCAACAGGCGUAGGCAGAGGGUGAACCAGUUCACCUUGGAGAACCCCGGCCCGAGGGAACGGGAACGGGAACGGAAGCCCAGCCAGGAGUCCCUCAGAGUGCCCCCUGCCGGCCCUGCGGGCUACGCCUCGGGGCUCGGCCUGAGUCCCACCUCACCCCCUGAGCCAGGCCCUCCAAGGAACAGCGACCGCCAGAGCCCUGACACAGGGGUCCCCGCUCACAGCAUGGAGGGGUGCUCAGAGAAAGCCAGCUUGCUGCGGCACCUGGAGAAGGUGGCCAGCGAGGAGGAGGAGGUGCCGCUGGUGGUUUACUUGAAGGAGAACGCGGCCCUGCUGACAGCCAAUGGAUUGCACCUGUCCCAGAACCGAGAAACCCAGCAGACCCCGCCAAGCCCGCCUGCGGCUGAGGCCCACAGCCCAGCUGUAGACGUCAACCAAAACGUUUCCUCACUCAGCGCCACCCUUAUCACGCCAGCCUCUAACAGCAACCACAGCCUGCCAGACGCAGACCAUGCAGACGUCAACCAGAACCCCCCGGCCACUGUCGCCCCACAGAGCCAGCAGCCCUCAGAAAGCCAGCCCCCUCCCAAUGGCAUGGUGUCAGAUUCCAAACCCAGCACCCCGUGUGCCAGCGGGCAGCCCCCCGAGCCGGCUGCAGAGGUCAAAUCCAGCACCCUCCUCAUCGAUAAGGUGUCAGCUCCACCUACCAGCACCAACACCUUCUCCAGAGAAACUACUCCCGUCUCCAGCUCUGGGAUCCCAGCCCCAGAUUUCGCGUCCAGCUGCCUGCUCAUCGAUGUGCAGCCGGGUGUCCCAGCGGUGUCAGCGGAACCUGAGCCGUCUGGGUGGGCAGCCACGCCCACGCCCACCAAGCUAUACAGUGAGGUCCACUUCACACUGGCCAAGCCCCCAUCAGUGGUCAACAGGACCGCCAGGCCCUUCGGGAUCCAGGCUCCAGGGAGCACCGGCCAGGUGGAACGGAGCCCCAUGGUAGAGAGACGACAUCUCGGGGAGAAGGCCCGGGCUCCCCAGCCCCCAAGCGUGGUAGACAGGAGCCCUCGGCCACAGAGACAUGUGAUGUCCCACAGCCCCAUGGUGGAGAGGAGGCCCGUGGCACAGCGCAGCCCUGCCUUGGAGAGACGCCCCUUGGGGAACUUCACCCCACCCCCCACCUAUGCUGAAACCUUGUCCACGGCUCCCCUGGCUUCCCGGGGCAGGUCUCCCCCAUCCUACUCUGCCCUCUACCCCAGCUCUGACCCCAAGCCUUCUCACCUGAAAGGCCAGGCAGCUCCGGCCAGCAAGACGGGCAUUUUGGAGGAGUCCAUGGCCCGCAGGGGCAGCCGGAAAUCCAUGUUCACCUUCGUAGAGAAGCCCAAGGUGACCCCGAACCCAGACCUGCUGGAUCUGGUACAGACGGCCGAUGAGAAGCGGAGGCAGAGGGACCAGGGGGAGGCGGGCGUGGAGGAGGAGCCCUUUGCCCUGGGGGCCGAGGCCUCCAACUUCCAGCAGGAGCCCGCACCCCGGGACAGGAUCAGCCCCGGGGCAGCCGAGGAAGUCCUCCCAGAGUGGGCCUCGUGCCUCAAGUCCCCACGCGUCCAGGCCAAGCCGAAGCCCAAACCCAACCAGAACCUGUCCGAGGCCUCUGGGAAAGGGGCCGAGCUCUACGCCCGCCGCCAGUCCCGGAUGGAGAAGUAUGUCAUCGAGUCCUCCGGCCACACCGAACUGGCCCGCUGCCCUUCACCCACCAUGUCCCUGCCUUCGUCCUGGAAAUAUUCCACCAAUGCUCCUGGUGGCUUCCGGGUGGCAUCCCGGAGCCCAGCUCGCACCCCGCCUGCCUCCCUCUACCACGGCUACCUGCCCGAGAAUGGGGUCCUGCGCCCCGAGCCCACCAAGCAGCCGGCCUACCAGAUGCGGCAGUCUCUCUUCGUCCUCUCACCCAUCAAGGAGCCCGUCAAGGUCUCUCCGAGAGCCGCCUCGCCCGCCAAGCCGAGCUCUCUGGACCUGGUGCCCAGCCUGCCCAAGGCCGCUCUGCCGGCAUCCCCGGCCCUGCCUCGGCCCUCCCGCUCCUCACCGGGCCUCUACACCUCCCCCGGCCAGGAUGGCCUCCAGCCCACGGCCGUGAGCCCUACCUACAGCAGUGAUAUCUCCCCUGUGUCGCCCUCCAGGGCGUGGUCUCCCCGAGCCAAGCAGGCCCCCAGGCCCUCCUUCUCUACCCGGAAUGCUGGAAUCGAGGCUCAGGACCGCCGGGAGAGCCUGCCCACCUCCCCGCCCUGGACGCCGGGCGCCUCCCGGCCCCCCAGCAGCCUGGACGGCUGGGUGAGCCCGGGGCCGUGGGAGCCGGGCCGCGGGAGCAGCAUGAGCAGCCCCCCGCCGCUCCCGCCGCCGCCGCCCAUGUCUCCCUCGUGGAGCGAGCGCUCGGUGUCCCCGCUGCGACCUGAGACAGAGGCGCGGCCUCCCAGCCGCCAGCUGCAGGCCCUCCUGGCGCGAAACAUCAUCAACGCGGCCCGGCGCAAGAGCGCCUCCCCGCGGCCGGCGGGAGCCGAGAGCCUGCGGCCCUUUUCCCCGCCCGGGGCGCAGCCGCCGCCGCCGCCGCCGCCGCCGCCGCCGCCGCCGCGCCUGCGCUCGCCGAAGCCCGCCCGGCCCGGCCCCGUCGCCGCCCCCGGGGCCACGUUCUCCCCGAUCCCGCGGAGCCCGCUGUCCGCCGGGCCCUCGCCGUGCGCCAGCCCCCGGAGCCCGUUGCCGGCGCCGCCCAGGCCCUUCCCCUCCCGCCGCUCGCCCACAGACUCCGAUGUGUCCCUCGACUCCGAGGACUCCGGCGCUAAGUCGCCCGGCAUCCUCGGCUACAACAUCUGUCCCCGCGGGUGGACCGGCAGCCUGAGGCUCAAGCGUGGCAGCCUCCCCUCCGAGGCCUCCUGCACCACCUAAAGCCUCCCCCGCUCCCGCUCCAUCCCCACCCCGGGAGGGCUGAGCCAGAAGAAGAGUUGUGGGGCUUGGUAGCUCCUGGCACCACAUCCCCAGGAGGCCUGGCCUCUUUGGACAGGGGGUCAGGGGAGUAGAGCUCUGGGCCUGGGGCUGGGUAGUGAUCCAAGUUUGGGUUCUGGCCCUUAUUCGAAUCAGUCAUUGUGUGACCCUGGGCAAGACCCUUGCUCUGUCCGAUCCUGGGCUUUCCCAUCUGUUUAGUGGGCCUUUGGCCAAGGCAAUCUUCACAGGUCUAGAUUCCCCCUCCCCUCCCAUCAGCACACACACACAGACACACACAUGCCUUGGAAGAGGUAGGGUGUUGUGCACGUGGACCCCUGGGCUUGCUGCAUGCAGUCCGGGGCUCCUUAUUCUCCCUCCCUUCCUGCCUCUGCUCUCUGGAGGCUGGCAAACGAGGGGUGUGUUCGGAAGAUCCUAGGCCUAAGUUCCCUGUCCAGGCCCUAGCUUGACCAUCCGCCUCCCUGGCACCAAGUCCCAGGCAGGAGCAGCUGUUUUCCAUCCCUUCCCAGACAAGCUCUAUUUUUACCAUGGUGACCUUUAGAGAGGUCUCCCAGGCCAGCUCAAGGUGCCCGGCCGGGCUCCUCUGGAGACAAGAGAUGGGAAGAUCCCUCCUCCCAGAUCCCUCUCAUGCUUUCCCCACCUCAGCUCAGACUGCCUGGGCAUCUUACCUGCUGCCAGAGAGGAGAGCUGUAAGGGGAUGACUUCUAUCCCCAGCCCCAGGACUUGGGAGUCCAGGCAUGCUACAGGUGCCUCCAGCCCAUCUGUCUUUUCUGGGCCCUUCCAUGGCAAGUUCUGGGCUAAAAUCUGAGCUGGGGAGAGAAUAGUUGAUACAGAGCUAUCCGCUACCCUGUGGUUUUACCUGAUGGCCCUGAGUUUGAGGUUGCCCACUUGGAAAGAGGGAGGCAAGAGUUCCUUGUUAUAGGAGGUAUUCAAGCAGGAGCCAGGAUGCAUAGAGGAGAUUCUAGUAGGAAGGGGAUUGGCUCAGAUGACCUCUGAGGGCUCUCCCAGUCCUGAAAUGCAUUCCAUGGUGUUAGGAAGGGAAGGAGAUUGGCGGCAGAGGAUUGGCUAGGCAGAAUUUGGGGGCAGAUGAGAACGGGUGGGUGAGUGAAGGGGUUAGACUAGAGUCUGCCUGUGUUUCUGGCUCCUUAGGAAAUACCGCAUGCUUCAGUUUUAGGCCCCAGUAUGCAUAUCCUGCCCAGAUGAUGGGCACUGCUUUGCCCCAUCUCUUUCCCACUACACUCUGGCCUAGCUAGUGCCCGAUGCCCGGUGACCUCGAGAAGCCUGGCUGCAGGCCCUGGCCUGACCCUCAAACCUUGGUGGUUCUCAUUCCAAUCCCCAGGAGGGACAGGGCAUGGGAGAAAUGUGGUUGAAUUCUAUAGUUUCAGCCUCAGGAUACUAAGAGCAGGGGAGCAUGGGGGGUGGGGCUUGGAAUGGGCUGAGGAUCAAAGAGAUGCAGGUGAAAGGACACCAGGAUGUGGCUAAAGGUGAGGGAGCGAGUGUGAUUUGGGGUUAGAGGUAGACUUACCCACGCAUCAGAUGAUGUUAGACCUGGAACCCCUAAGUGAGGCUAGGGAAAGCUGGGCCACAGUGGGAGAGAGUUGGGAGGGGGGCUUUGGAAUAAAGGAGUGAUCCCAGAGGGUGCCUAGGGCCUAAGGAUUGGGAACAUAGGCCCUGACAGUGGGAAGGUAAAAGGGUGCUCCUGCUUGGUCAAUGAUGAGUGACCACAUUUACCAAAGUCCCCAUCUGUUUCAGGGUUCCUUGUAGCAUGGGAGACUGGGGCUAAGGGCCUCUUUCAGAGAAAAGACACUAUUGGGCCCCUGGCUGAUGCCAAAGCAUAGCAAAUCCACUUCUGCCUGCAUUUCCCCCAAAGAACCAGCAGGAGGCAGCCUUGAGAAGCUGCAGUUCUCCUGGCUGUUCUCUCCCUGUCACUGCCUUCUCCCCGCCCCUAUCCUCUCUAACCCACUAGAGACUGCCUGUGUUCUGCCUCUUGCCUCCUGUAGAAUUCAUCUCUGGCCCUCAAUAAAUGCUUCCUGUAUG